AUGAGAACCCAGAUCACGGGCCCAGCGAUCAAUACCACUCUCGUUGUCCACAACUUGGACCUGGUCACGAGCGAGCUCGAGAUAGAGGAAGCCCUCCGGAAAGCCAUAAAGAUGAGCCGCGAAGCACUGAUCAAGGUAGAGAAAAUAAGGACCAGUGACAAGGGUGAAAGAUCAGCUCUCUUGAAGUUAGCCAAAUCGGAUGCAGCAAGUCUCUUGAAACUCGAACGAAUCAAAAUCGGGUGGGAAACUUGCAGAGUCCGAGAAUGGCAGACAGUAACCGUAUGCUUCAGAUGCCAAGAACUCGGCCAUAGAGCGCACGGAUGCAAGGAGAAGGAGAGCAAGGCCAAGAAAUGCUACAGAUGCGGAAUCGAAGGACACCUCACUAAGGAGUGCUCCGAAACCCAAGUGAAGUGUCAGAGCUGCGAAACAGAGGGACACUCCAAGUACUCCUCGAAGUGUCCUAACCUAAAGAAGCUGCUCAAAAACCAGCUGAGCAAGAACGUCCGACAAGAAAGGAUGCUCGCCGACGAGAAGACAACAGAAUCAAGUCGGGUGAAUGUAGCCGAGCCCUCUGAGGAGUGUAGAGGAGCUCACGCCCAGGAAAACGGCCCUCAGAACGCCGAAGAUAGUGAAGCGAUGCAAACCGAAGACCCAGACGAGGAAUGGAAACUCGUCCACAGCAGAAGGAGACAGAACCCCACAAAUAAUGAUGAUCGAGAUAAUUCAAAUGAAUCUCAAUAG